AUGAGCUUGAACACCUUAAUCGAAGCAGCAAAAUUUUUGGAAAUGCAAGAACAGAAAGAGCAGCAACAGCAUCAUCAGGUGGCGGGGCCUUCAAAGACUUCGCCCCCCGUUCACCAUAAAUUGUCAACAGUUUUGAUUACAUCGCCAAAUUUACUCACUCUGACGCAAGAAACGGCCAAAAAGGCCGCAGCCCCCCAAGCUGAACAGCAACAAGUAGUGUCGUCUUCUAGUACCGUAACAGCAGCACCACCACCGCAGCCUCCUCGACGCAUCCUUCACAACAGUUUCGAUAUAAUGAACCCCCUUGUCAUCGACGAGACAAACGCCGAAGUGAAACGAAAACAGCCCCCAUUGGUGUUUCGUGCCGGCACCAGAGAAGUGCACAACAAAUUGGAGAAACAUCGACGUGCACAUCUCAAAGAGUGCUUCGAUGUGUUGAAAAAGCAACUGCCACAAACACAAGACGAAAAAAAAACCUCCAAUUUGAGUAUUUUACAUUCGGCGUUGCGAUGCAUUCAGUCGUUGAAACGCAAAGAACGCGAAUUAGAACACGAGAUGGAAAGAUUAGCAAGAGAUAAAAUUGCCGCUCAGCAAAAGUUGGCUGUGUUAAAAAAGGAUAUUUCCUCGCAUUAUGAUAAUGUGGAUUUUUCCAAAAUUUUACCGGAAGUUGUUCCAGUUACAACCGAUGAGGUUGUUAAACUCGAAACGGUUAGUAGUACGAGUCAAAAUGGGGCAGGAGGCGAAAGAAUACAGAUUCCGCUUUUGACGAAUAAAACGCAAAUUUCUAUCGCAACAACUCAAGUUGGAACAAUCAAAGAGGUGAGUCAGCAACCGGUCCAGACAACAGCUUUGUCGGUACUUCCUGUCGGUUAUUCAGUACCUCAAGGUUUAGUUUUGCAAAAACUCAUCGUUCCGAAAGGCAUAACCGAACUGACGCCUCUCGUAUCAACACAUUUCAUCACCCAACAGCAAAUAAACGGCAAAGUUGUUCCAUUGGUAAACGCCCAAUACGUGGUCAAACCAGUGGUCGUUGUAAGCAGACCGAGCUAGUGGCCUCAAAAAACAUUUGGUGUGAUUGAGUUGACAGCAUGAAUGUUUCUUCAAACUCUUUUAUCAUGUGAUUUUUUUUAAUUUACGGUGAUUUUUAUUUUAUUGUUACUAGGUUGGACGCCGUGUUGUUGUUGGAGCCCGAUUUGACUACACCACAUUCCAUAUUAUUGAUUUUUAACUGAUUAGAUAAUCUAGUCAUUUUUUAAAGAUGAAUUUUAAUUCGAUUUUUUUACAAAGAAAUUGUUUUCAAAUCGGGUAUCCUGCCGCGGGGUUUCGCACUGUCUGAAAUAAACAGGGCCAAAGCCCUGUUCUUAGAUCUCUGGCCUUGAUGUAUUACUUUUUAUUUUAUUAUACUAUUAUUAUUA